AUGACGGACUUGGAGAAGAAGGAAGAUUCGCUGAAUAGUGAUCAUGAUGAAGCUCGCGUCGAAAGCCAAACCAUUGAUCAGAACCAUGGUGAAGCCCUUCACCGGGUUUAUAACAUAUGGACUGCAACCCUUUAUCAAGUCCUCAUGAUGGCGAGCUGGACCUGUAACGUUGUCCUCUACGACACAGUUUUCACCGUCGGCGGACCGAUGAUGCUCAUCUACUCUACGGCCUUUACCAAGUAUCUGGCACCAAACAACGCUCGUCGUGUCCUAUCUUAUAUUAUAGGAUGGAUCGUAUUCCUCGCCGAGGUUGCCACUUCAGCUGGAUGCGCUAUGAACAAUGCUCAACUUGUCGGUGGACUUGUGAACCUGACACACCCCGACUUUGCAAUAACGAACUGGUUUACAUGGAUCGUUUACACGAUCUUCCUCCUAUUAUCGAUACCCUUUUCCAUGUCCCAAAAACACUUGCCAGCGAUUUCAGUGAUAGGAGGCGUCAUCACGCUCGCGGGGUUCUUUGCAUGGGCCGUCGCAUUCCUUGCCAUGGCGCCCAAGAUGAGCGUACAAUUUGUCUUUACGGAAUUGAUCAAUUCUUCCGGUUAUACAAACGUCGGGUGGGUUGGUAUCAUGAGCUUUUACACGCCAGUGUAUGCCCUCUAUGGCACGGAUGGUAUUUUGCACCUGGCAGAGGAGAUGAAGGAUCCCGCCACGAAUGCUCCCAAAGCGAUGAUCUGGGCUAUGCUUGCCAGCGGCGCAUCCUCUCUAGCCGGGGCUAUUGUCCUCGGAUUUACUGCCGGAAACUGGGAACAGUACAUCACCGCCGACUCGCCCCUUAUCGCCUGGUGGGUUGAUACUCUAGACAGUGUUGCCGGUGGGAGCGCUCUUAUAGUUCUCGUCAUCAUCGCCCUCAAUUUCUUGAUCGUUGUGAGCAUCAACACGGCCGCCUCUAGAGUAACGUGGAGCAUGGCCAAGGACAACGCUUUUCCAUUUUCCAACCGCUUGGUUAAGAUUAACAAGAGACUUCAAACUCCUCUCAACGCCAUUUUCACCACCAUUGGCUUUCAAAUCGUCAUUGGCCUCGUAGUGUUCGGGAGCCAGAAUGCUUUCCAGACCAUCGUGAGCUUGGGAGGAGUGGCCAUUCAAAUUGGAUACUUUGUUCCUGUUGUGCUGCUUCUUCUUAAGGGUCGUAGCGUCCUGCCUGCCGACCGGGCUUACAACCUUGGGAGAUUUGGCUAUGCUAUUAACACUGGGGCUGUUUGCUGGGCUGCACUCAUUAUUACAAUGCUGUGUUUCCCGCUCGUGUUUCCAAUUACUUCUUCCAAUCUCUUGGAGAUGAACUGGUCCAUUGCUGUGUUUGCUGCGGCCGUCUUGCUCGUUCUUGUAGAUUGGAUUUUCCGGGCUCGCUUUCACUACCAAGAUGAGAUCUCUAGCUGA